CCUCAAGUCUAAUUUGCAAGAGUGCGUGUAGUACUCGUAUGUACUCGGGGAACAGUUAAGCACAGCUAAUGCUAAAUUACAGAUAAGAACAAGUGCUACGCUGUUACGACCACAUCGCACAAAAGCCUAAACAAUAAUCAUGUUUCUUCGACAAUGGAUGUUGCGGAUAUUUAAUAUUAUAAUCCUCAUUAUCGUUGUGGUAGUUCUACUAAACAUCUCGAGAAGUGUUAAUAUGUUCUUAAAGACAAACAAUAUAACUCCGUUUCAAAGAACUUCAUUCCAUGACAAAAAAGCUGGGAUUCCUCAAAACAAUUUGGUGAUCAAAAUAGAUUCGGCAAAAGAAGAUUCAAAGUCGGCUAAUGUGAAUGGAGGACAAAUUAUGUUCCCGGAGAAUCGCCCUCUGAGUGGGUAUAUAGUGUACGACUGUAGCAUAAAAUAUGCUGGGAUGUGUGGCGGAUUGGCAGACAGAUUAUCCGGCAUACUGAGUACAUUUGGCUUAGCAAUCAUAUCGCGUCGCCAUUUUAAAAUCAGACAUGACAAACCGUGUGCGCUUGACAACUACCUUGAACCUCACAAAUAUGACUGGAAGCUAAACGAGUCUAUAAUACCUAUAACUGCUCAAUUCAUGAAUUUGAUUGACAACAACUCAUACCAUCUCAGGGUCAGUGCUGUUAAAACUAAUCAUCUUGACAAUGUUUUUCGUAAUGACGUCACACUGAUACGGAUGAAUUGGGAUAUGACGCAGGACUUUAGGUUGCGACCGAAUAUCACAGAUGAUUUUCCAUGGAUCACAAAACUCCAGUAUGCUGAUAUAUAUUCCGAAUUAUAUCACUACCUUUUCAAGCCCGGUAAAAUAGUUUUAGACAAAUUCGCCGACAUUGAAAAAAGAAGAAAGCACGGACUUUUAGCAUGUUCUCAUGCACGUGCCGGGGAUAAUCGUAAUGCAGAUUUUACAAGGAUUUGGAAGUUUUUAUCGAACUUGGACAGUUCAAAAUAUGAUAUUUACCUAGCAUCAGACCAACAAUAUGUUCGUGAUGCUGGCAUUAAAUAUCUCCAUGGAUAUGACGUCAUAACCAUGUCGGGCCGAUUAGGGAACAUAGACUUCAGUGAGGUCGGGUGUGACGCCUUUAUGACGAGUAUGGUGGACUUUUACACUCUAACCAAGUGUGAUCUACUGGUAAUCACAGACAGUGGAUUCAGUAUGAUAUCGGCAUAUGUUAGGGGUACCUCUGACAACCUAUAUUGCACGGGGAAGCUUGACAUAUUUCCUUGUUCACGAAACACGCUGGAAGAUGUAUAUCCGGGCAACAUGCUUGCACCUACUCGAUUAAAACUAAAUUAACGUAGGCGGGUAACAAAGGAAGCAUUAAAAAAAAGAGAGAAAAAAAGAAACAGAAAAAAAGAAAGAAAAAAAAAGAAAAAGGAGAAAAAUAAAAAACACCGUAUCGAA